GGCCUGCAGAGCUCUUGGGAGUGUCACCAGCUUGGCACCAUGAGCAAAAUCAGCGACACGGUGAAGCGGGCCCGGGCCGCCUUCAACUCGGGCAAGACCCGCCCGCUGCAGUUCCGGGUCCAGCAGCUGGAGGCGCUGAGGCGGAUGAUCCAGGAGCGCGAGCAGGACAUCGCGGGAGCGCUGGCCGCUGACUUGCACAAGAAUGAAUGGAAUUCCUACUAUGAGGAGGUGGUGUACGUCCUGGAGGAGAUCGACUACAUGAUCCAGAAGCUCCCUGAGUGGGCCGCGGAUGAGCCUGUGGAGAAGACCGCCCAGACCCAGCAGGAUGAGUCCUACAUCCACUCGGAGCCCCUGGGCGUGGUCCUCGUCAUUGGCACCUGGAACUACCCCUUCAACCUCACCAUCCAGCCCAUGGUGGGCGCCAUUGCUGCAGGGAACGCAGUGGUCCUCAAGCCCUCAGAGCUCAGUGAGAACACGGCGAACCUGCUGGCCACCCUCAUCCCUCAGUACCUGGACAAGGAUUUGUUUCCAGUCAUCAAUGGGGGUGUCCCUGAGACCACAGAGGUGCUGAAGGAAAGGUUCGACCACAUCCUGUACACAGGCAGCACAGGGGUGGGGAAGAUUGUUAUGACGGCUGCCGCCAAGCACCUGACGCCUGUCACCCUGGAGCUGGGAGGAAAGAGCCCCUGCUACGUAGACAAGAACUGCGACCUGGACGUGGCCUGCCGGCGCAUAGCCUGGGGGAAGUUCAUGAACAGCGGCCAGACCUGCGUGGCCCCUGACUACAUCCUCUGUGACCCCUCGAUCCAGAAUCAUAUCGUGGAGAAGCUCAAAAAGUCACUGCAAGAGUUCUACGGGGAAGAUGCCAGGAAGUCCCAGGACUAUGGACGAAUCAUUAAUGCCCGGCACUUCCAGAGGGUGAUGGGCCUGAUAGAGGGCCAGAAAGUGGCCCAUGGGGGCACUGGGGACGCGGCUGCCCGCUACAUAGCCCCCACCAUCCUCACGGAUGUGGACCCCCAGUCUCCAGUGAUGCAGGAGGAAAUCUUUGGGCCUGUGCUGCCCAUCGUGUGCGUGCGCAGCCUGGAAGACGCCAUCCAGUUCAUCAACCAGCGUGAGAAGCCCUUGGCUCUCUAUGUGUUCUCCAGCAAUGACAAGGUGAUUAAGAAGAUGAUUGCAGAGACAUCAAGUGGAGGGGUGACAGCCAAUGACGUCAUCGUGCACAUCACGGUGCACACUCUGCCCUUCGGGGGUGUGGGGAACAGUGGCAUGGGGUCCUACCAUGGCAAGAAGAGCUUCGAGACCUUCUCUCACCGCCGCUCUUGCCUGGUGAGGUCUCUGCUGAAUGAUGAGGUCCUUAAAGUCAGAUACCCACCGAGCCAGGCCAAGGCAACCCGGCGCUGAGGAGCGGCUGCUUCGCCUGGACCCCCGACUGUGCCCCCCUAGAGUGCAGACCCUGGCUCACUCACCUGCCCCUCAGAGACAUGCUCCUGCAGCCCCUGGGCCAGCCCCUCGCUCCUCUGCAGACCUGUGUGGGAACCGUGACCCCAGUGCUGCCUCUCCAAGUUCCACCCCUUGCUAGACAAUAGAGGCCAAUAAAGAUUUCU